AUGACAAAGGGCAUAUUGCUAAAUACUUUAUGCCCGAUAGAGUAUUAUCACGAGCAAUAUUCGGACCACAAGGUGGAGCAUGACACCGAUGAAGUUGCGACUGGUUUAACAAUUAGGGAUAUACUGCCCGAAGAUCCCAGCAAAUAUGACAAAAUGAGACCGCCAAAAAAAGAUGGAGAACCGACCAAAGUUUUCUUCCAUGUCACUGUGAUGGGUCUAGACAGCAUAGACGAAAAUUCAAUGACUUAUGCUGCUGAUAUUUUCUUCGCACAAACUUGGAAAGACUUCAGAUUGAGACUUCCCGAGAAUAUGACCACGGAGUACAGACUCUUAGAAGUAGACUGGCUUAAAAAUAUGUGGAGACCCGAUUCGUUUUUCAAAAAUGCGAAAAGUGUGACUUUUCAAACGAUGACCAUACCCAAUCAUUAUAUGUGGUUAUACAAAGAUAAAACCAUAUUAUACAUGGUCAAAUUAACUCUGAGACUAUCGUGUGCAAUGAACUUUAUGAUAUACCCUCACGAUACUCAAGAGUGUAAAUUACAAAUGGAAAGUUUAUCUCAUACGACUGAUGACAUGAUAUUCCAGUGGGAUCCUGAUGUCCCUUUGGUUGUUGAUGAAAAUAUUGAGUUACCUCAACUGGCUCUAGUUAAAAAUCAAACAGCUGACUGUACCCAAGUUUAUUCAACAGGUAAUUUUACUUGCUUGGAGGUAAUUUUUCAACUGAAGAGAAGACUUGGAUAUUACUUGUUUCACACUUACAUACCCACCUGUUUAAUAGUAAUUAUGUCAUGGGUUUCAUUUUGGAUCAAACCGGAAGCUGCACCAGCACGUGUUACAUUAGGUGUCACUCUCUUGACCUUGUCAACACAGCAUGCUAAAGUCAAAGCAGCACUGCCACCAGUAUCAUACUUGAAAGCGGUGGAUGCUUUCAUGUCUGCUUGUACAGUGUUCGUCUUCAUGGCUCUCAUGGAAUACUGUUUGGUGAAUAUCGUUUUGGGCGACUCAGACCUUCCGAAGCCGCCUCAAGAAAAAAGGAAGUCAGGAUCCAUUUUUGGGCCACCCCAAACCAAACCCGAUAACUCCCACACUUUGCCUGGAACACCUGGACACACCCCCAUAUCACCAGCACAAAAAGCCAGGAAUCGUGCCAUAAAUAUCGACAGAUUUUCUAGAGUAUUCUUUCCAUUAUUGUUCACGGUGUUAAACUUGACUUACUGGAUAAUGUUUGCUGAAUAUAUCUAAGAAAUUGAUAAUUAAGUAGUUUUAUGUAGUGAACUUCUCAAAAUGGAUGGUUUCAUGUUGUAAUAAUAAAAAAACAAUAAAUAUAAUUAA